AUGCCCGCGAGUCGUCCGCGCUCGCGCGCGCGACGAUUGCGCACCGCGGUGGCGUGCGUCGUCGCGUGCGUCGCCGCGUCGACCACGGGGGCGCGCGCGAGGGCGGUGCGAGGGAGGGAUUCGGUGGGAAUCGCGUCGCGCGUCAACGGUGUGGAAUCGAGGGUCUCGGACGCGCUCGCAUCGGCGAAAGCGCUCGUCGAGGAUGGUGAGGAAUUGAAAAAGACGUUCGAGACGUUUCUGGACGCGCACGGUAAGCGCGCGGCGUACGCGACGAAGACGGCGGAAGAAUACGCGAGACGGUUGGAGAUCUUCGGCGAGAAUUUAAUUCGCGCGGCGACGCAGCAGGCGAACGAUCGAGGGAGCGCGAAACACGGGGUGACGCGAUUCAGUGAUUUGACCCCGGAGGAGUUCGCGGAGCGAUACCUCGGGCACGUCAAGUUGUCGAGCGAGCAUCGAGAGAAGGUGCGCGCGCGAGGCGGCGUCAUCGAAGACUUGCCUACGAAGCAUCUGCCGGCGGAGUUCGAUUGGCGAUUCAAGGGUGCGGUGUCCCGAGUGAAGGACCAAGGGCAGUGUGGGAGCUGCUGGACGUUCUCGACCACGGGUGCGAUCGAGGGCGCGCAUUUCAUCAGCACCGGGAAGCUCGUCGAGCUGAGCGAGCAACAACUCCUUGACUGCGACGUCGGGUGCGAUCCUGACGUCCCGAACGCGUGCGAUUCUGGAUGCAACGGCGGCUUGCCGUCGAAUGCGAUGGAGUAUAUCGUCGAACACGGCGGGAUCGAUACCGAAAAGUCGUAUCCAUACGUCGGUGAGAAGGGGGAGUGCAAGGCGGACGAAGGCACGCUCGGCGCCACGCUCAAGAACUUUUCGUACGUGAGCUCGGACGAGAAACAAAUGGCGGCAGCACUGGUCAAGCACGGUCCGCUUUCCAUCGGUAUCAACGCCGCAUGGAUGCAGACCUAUAUCGGCGGCGUGGCGUGCCCGUGGUUGUGCGACUCGGAGGCGCUCGAUCACGGCGUUCUCAUCGUCGGCUACGGCUCAAGCGGCUUUGCCCCGGUUCGCUGGCAACAAGAGCCUUACUGGAUCGUCAAGAACUCGUGGUCCCCAGCGUGGGGCGAGGGUGGAUACUACAGGAUUUGCAAGGACAAGGGCAGCUGCGGGAUCAACAACAUGGUUGUCGCGGCGCACGGCGCGGACUAA